AUGACAGAAUUCUUAUAGCAUUUAGGGAAAGAUUCAUUAAAAAUAAAUAAUGAAUAAUAGAAUGAUAAAAAUUGUAAAUUAUAGAAAUUUCCUAAUGGUGUUACUUAUUUAAUGAAUUAUUAAGAAGGAUUUCAAUUAGAGAUACAAAAUAAUAUUCUAAAAAAUGUUUACUUAUAUGGAAAUCAUGACAAACAAUUUAAACCAUAUAAAGGGGUUUUACCAUUUGGAAUAACAUUUACUAUGUGUAAUGCUGUAUAUUAAAUUUUAUUAUAUUAGCAUAUAGUAGCAAAGUUUGGUGAACCUACAAGUAAAUAAGGUGGUGGACCAAUCAAUAUAGGAAUUAGUUAUGAUCAUAUUGGUAUUGAGAUAACUUUUCAAACUAAAACUUGGGAUUAACCUAAUGUAGCAAUAGAUUAAAUAAUUUUGUAUGAACCUGUAAAUUAAACAAUCUGUGGAAUUUGCAAAAAAAAUGGAGAUUUAAGAUGUGGGUAAUGUAAAUUAGUAUAUUAUUGUGGAGUUGAUUGUUAAAAGACACAUUGGAAAUAACAUAAAGGAUUUUGUUAGUGA